GGCAAAUUACUGAGGUAUUUUUUCCCCAAGAAAAUUCCAAAUGGGGCCAGAAAGAGUGAGACAGGACUGAAAAGACUGCAAUCGCCUUUGCCAGGUCCAUGCUAAUUAAUGACCAAGCACGCACAAAAAGGCGAAAGCCGGUCCCCGCCGUCGGGGAGCGCAAGAUCUAAAGGGGGAGAAAACAAGCCGACAAGCGUGUACCAAGCGAGCGACGUCAGGAUACGUAAGAAGCGGUUAAAAGUGAAGCGCAAAGCCUCUUCUGGCCACGGCGGCGGGGCGGCUACUUCCUGGAUCCAGGCCGAGGCUAGCGGGCCCUUUAACGCCAGUUCGCAGUUUUGAGCUGGGCUUUGGCUUCCCAAGAGUCACAGAAGCCCGGAGUUUCGAGUCACACUUGUCUGUGCUGGGGAGGAAAGCUACGGAAUAGACCGGCCUGCAGGCCCCAACCCGCGCCCUCCCGAGGGCGAGAUCUCAGAGGGGUCGUCUCUGAAUCCUUCACGGAGGAGUUCUGGCAGAAAAAGUGACCGGCUGGGAACUAGCCUCUAAGCCCUCCCAUGUCUUUGUGCCAGGCGGUUUUACAAGCAUCUCUUCUGAUCUUCAUAACAAUGGGAUGGAGGGACCCACCUGCCAGACCAAAACCAUGAAUAGUAAAGGUUUGGAACCACGUGGACAGUCCGCUGUUCUCUCUGUGGAGAAUCGGAUCCUGACCCAGCCUUCCAGCCUGGAAAGUACUGCUUCUGCUAGCCACUUGCUUCAGUCCCUCCGGCCAUCUCACCUGACUGGGCCUUCCUCGAAGGUCAUGGAUACCAGAAACCGACUCCUCUUAGAGCCUGCAACUCUGGGCCACUUCACCAAGUGGCCCAAGAGGAUUCUGGAAGAAACUAAAUCUCUAGAAUCUACAUGUCAGUCACAAACUGUGAAGAAGCAAGGUUUAGAACUGUUUGGACGGCCAACUGUUCUCUCUCUGGAGAACCACAUCCUGGCCCAGCCACCCAGCCAUCUACUUCAGUGCUUCCAACCAUCGCACCUGACUAAGCCUUCCCUAAAGUGCAUGGGUACCACUAAUCACCUCCUCUCAGAACCUGCAGCUUAUAGGAACCAACACUUCCCUCUGGCAUCCUGCCCUGGAGGGACCCUGGAUUACUCUGCUCUAUGCUCCAAGGGGACUCUGGAAGCAACUAAAUCUCUGGAUACCUGGUCCCUCUUCAGGGAAGAAGAACAAAAGCAGCAGAAAGAAGAAGAAGAAGAGGAGGGAAAGCAAGCAGAGGAAGCCAUUCCUUUUUAUAACUUAAGCUUAGGGGAAGAAAAUGUGUCAGAAGAGCCGACUCUGGAGCUGGCUGCAGGGGACUCUGAUGCCCAACCCGAGACCAUGGACCAGGCUUUGCAAAACAAGAAGAUGCUGCUCAUUACCCAGCUGUGCUGUGCUCUGUCCUCCAAGGCAAAUCUGUCGGAGGCUGAAGACUCCACCCGGAAGUUCCUGCUUCAACUCUGCACAGACCUUGCCCUUUUAGAGCCUGAGUUCAUUCUCAAGGCAUCCCUGUAUGCACGACAACAGCUCAACAUUCGAGAUAUAGCCAUCAUGGUUCUAGCUAUAGCUGCCUAUCUACCUGCUUGUCGUCCCUAUGUGAGGAGAUAUUUUUGUGCUAUUGUGCAGCUCCCUUCUGACUGGAUGCAGGUGGCUCGGUUUUUCCAGAGCCUGGCUGAGGAGCCCAAUAGGAAGCUGGCACCUCUGCCUGCCUGUCUCCGUGCUGCCAUGACGGACAAAUUUGCCCAGUUUGACGAGUACCAGUUGGCUAAGUACAAUCUUCGGAAACACCGGGCUAAGAAAAGUCACCAGCGCCCCCGACGUCCCAAGUCAGAAAAGGUGUGCCAAAGGAAGUGGUAUAACUCGACUAUAAUAUACAAGACCUUUUAUAAUCAUCAAAAAUCGUUUAUGAGAGCCUAUCAUGCAGAACCAGUGAAAAAGAAACCAUCAGAUUUUACACUGAAGAAGUUGAUACAGAGAUUGCAUAUCAGGGACCCUGUGCAGAAUGUCAAGGCCCUGCUGGGUUGCAGGUAUCCUUCAGAUAUGCAGUCCUUUGCCCGGAGCCGUCUACCUGGUCCCUGGGAUUUCAGCAGAGCUGGGACCCGGAUGAAGCUCCCACAGCCAGAGACCUGGGAUCGAGUGUUGAGCCAGAAGGGGAACAAAGCCUCUGUCUGGGAGGGGCUCAUUGACAGUGGGAAGUUGCCCUAUAUGGCCAUGCUAAGGAACUUAUGCAGCCUGCUUCGAGUUGGAAUCAGUUCCAGGCACCAUGAACGCAUCUUGCAGCUGUUGGAGCGCAAGGAAUCAGUGAUCCGUAGCCGGCAACUUCCCUUCCGAUUUCUUUCUGCCCAUACAUCCAUCAGUGACCUGGAGCGACAGCUCCUCAAGUCUGGACCAAUUCCCCUUAAUGUAGUUUUAAUGCGGCAGUUAUUGGAAAGGCUGGAAAAGAAAGGCCAGAUACCCAAGCCACAGCAGCAUCUGACUAAUAGAGACCUUCGGUUUGCAAUGUUGGUGCCUGUGCUAUAUGAACACUUCAAAAGGGAAAAGCAACGACUGAAUAAGAUUAACCAAUGGAAGCAAGAUUGGGAGAUGAUGAAGCGCUACCAACAGGCCUUGGAAACAGCUAUGAACCUAUCUGUGCAACACAACUUACCCCCACUACCUGGUCGCACCUUGAUAGUCUGCUGUCCUGGCCGAUCUCAAGAAAACAAACGGAAUCUCCAGAAUCAUGUGCUACUUUUGGUUGCAAUGGUCAUGGCCCGUGCUGAGCAGGCUGAGCUCUUACUUUGUAAAAGGUAUAUUUUGAAAAAAGCUGUGAUUAAUCCAGAAGAAGGUAUCCUGAAGACUGCAACGGAGCUCCAGACCCAGAUAGAGGAAAUGGCUGAAGAGAAAUCAGAAUCAAAAUCAAAUCAUCAUCCAUUUGCUUUAUACAUACUGGAUAUGGUUGCUAGGCGGGUGCCGACAGACACAGUUAUCUUUGUUGGUAACACUAUGGAGGACCCUGAGUUUAUGUCUGCUAAGCAAUUCUUCUGGCAGCGUGUGAAUCCCAAAUGCCUUUUUGUUGGAGUCGAUUUAACUGGGAUGCAUUCUGGUUCACUCAGUAGGAACCCCAAUGAUGUCAUCCUCACAGGCUGCACCGAUGGAAUACUGAAGUUUAUUUCAGAGCGUGGAAUGUCUCGUCUCCUGGAACAUGUGGGCCAAAUGGACAAAAUAUUCAAGAUCCCACCCCAGAGAGGGGAGGCACAGAUUUUCCCUGAUAAGCUGCUAGAGGAGAGGGUCCCAGGCCCCCUGACCCCUGUUCCCCAGCAAAGCUGGCGUAGUGUCCGUGUUUUCAUCUCAUCUACUUUCCGGGAUAUGCAUGGAGAACGGGACUUGUUGCUACGUUCAGUGCUACCUGCCCUGCAGGCCCGUGCAGCUCCCCACCACAUCAAUGUUCGUGGCAUUGAUCUGCGCUGGGGAGUCACUGAGGAAGAGACCCAAAAAGACAGACAAUUGGAGUUGUGCUUAGGGGAAGUGGAAAACUCACAACUUUUUGUGGGGAUCCUGGGCUCCCGCUAUGGCUAUGUCCCUCCCAACUACAGUCUCCCUGAUCAUCCACACUUCUGUUGGGCAAAGGAUUAUCCAUCUGGCCGUUCUGUGACUGAGAUGGAGGUGAUGCAGUUUUUAAGUAGAGGUUCUCGCCACCAGUCCUCCCCAGCUCUCAUCUACCUGAGAGACUCCAGCUUCCUCAGCUCUGUGCCAGAUGCCUGGAAAAUGGACUUUGCCUCUGAGUCAGAAGAGGCUGCGGAGCGAAUCUCAGAACUGAAGAGCUACCUGGACAAGCAGGAGGGUGUUACCUGCCACAGGUACUCUUGUGUAUGGGGAGGGGUGGCUGCAGGCCGGCCAUAUGUGAAGGGACUGGAAGAGUUUGGGCAGAUGGUGUUACAGCAUGUGUGGGAGCUGCUCCAGAGGCUCUAUCUCCAGCCGGAGUCAGGACUGGAAGAGACCACAUCCAUUCAGAAUGAUGACACCAUACAGUCAGCUUUUCAGCAGCUACAGCGUCCACCUUGUCCAGCUCGGCCCAGCCUCCUAAAGGACACUAUCCAGCAGCUACAGCAACGCAGUGGGAGUCUGUGCCUAGUGAUCGGGAAACCUGGACAGGGCAAGACAGCCUUCCUGUCAUCCCUAGUAUCAGCUUUGCAAGCUCCUUCUGGGGUCACCAUGAGCUCCCAAGUAUUCUUCCACUUUGUGGGAGCCCGUCCUGAUCAAAGCUAUGUCCUCAUCUUGCUCAGACGCCUUUGUACUUACCUGCAUCAUCAGCUUCAGUGUUCCAGGCCUUUCCCAACUACCUACCGGGGACUGGUGUGGGAGCUACAGACCCUACUUCCCAAAUCUGCUCAAUCCCUACGCUCUGGCCAGACUUUAGUGCUCGUCAUUGAUGGAGCUGACCAACUGGGAGACCAAAGUGGUCAACUGAUCUCAGAUUGGAUUCCAAAGAUCCUACCUCAGAAAGUGCACCUAGUCAUGAGUAUGUCAGCAAAGACAGGGUUGGGGGACAUCCUUCAAAGUCGUCGAGAUGCUCAUGUGGUGGCCCUAAAACCUCUGGAACCAACAGCACGAGCCCAGUUGGUGAGGCAGGAGCUGGCCCUGUAUGGAAAGCGGCUGGAAGAGACACCUUUCAACAAUCAGAUGCGGCUGUUGUUGGUAAAGCGAGGGGCAGCUCUGCCUCUUUACUUGCGCCUUGCCACUGAUCACCUUCGUCUCUUCACUCUGUAUGAACAGGUGUCUGAGCAACUUCGGGCAUUACCAGCCACUGUGCCCCUGCUACUCCAACACAUGCUCGGCGUCCUGGAGCAGGAGCAUGGCUCGGAUAUUUUGCCUCUUGCUUUGGCAGCCCUCCAUGUCACACGCAGUGGCCUAACGUUGGACCAGCUUCAUGGGGUGAUAAGUACCUGGCAGUCACUACCCUUGGAGACUGUGGAUUGGGCAGAAGCCAUGGCUGCUAGAAACCAAGGAGACCCUUAUCCCAUGGGUCCCUUUACUUACCUCGUCCACAGUCUACGCAGUUUGCUGGGAGCGGGGUCCCUGGAGCUUCCUGGAGCCCGACUGCGCCUCCCUCCUGGGCCCCUGUGUUCAGCAGCCGAGCUGCGCUAUAGGAAGAGACCUGGACUGAAGACCACAGCACACGUCCUCAUUGCAGUUCAGCUCUGGAGGAUGUGUGACCUGGAUGCCUUGGGUACCUUCCAUAACUGCCACCCAGAGGCCCUGAGUGACCUGCCUUACCAUCUGGCACAGAGUGGGAACCAUUCCCUGCUUGCUUCCCUACUCACCAACCUCAAUGUUAUGACUACCUACCUAGAAAUGGGCCUACUCUCCCAGCUGGGGGAAGCCCAUGCUCUAUAUGCAUCUUCAGUCCCUGUGGAUGAGCCCUCCGAGCCAAAUGUCACUGUAUUCCACACAUUCCUGAAGCAGCAAUCCAAGCUGCUCACCCAGUAUCCAGCUCUCCUGGCCCAGCAGGCAGCCAACCAGCCCUCCAACUCUCCUAUCUGCCACCAGGUUUCAAAGCUUUCCCAGAGAUGGUCUUCCCAGCCCAUCUUGCACUGGCUCAACAAGCCCCAGACCAUGGAAGCUCAGCAAAGGUCCAGCCUGUCUUUGGUACCUCCCUCGACUCCUACAGCCGUGAAUCUUUCCCCCAAUGGACAACGGGCAAUUGUGGCUACUGCCAGUGGGAUUGUUCACCUGCUAGACACAUGUACCUGGCAGGAGGAGAAGUCCAUAGUGAGUGGCUGUGAUGGAAUUUCUUCUUGUCUGUGCCCCUCAAAUACCACUCUGUUCCUCGCAGCCUCGGACGGUCGGCUAGAGCUCUGGGAUCUCCAGGGUGGCUGGCGGAUAUUCCAAAUCAAAGCUCAUCAGCUUCAAAUCACUGACUGCUGCCUGAACCCUGAUCACCGGCUUUUGGCUACUGUGUCCUUGGAUAGAUACUUGAAGCUGUGGGACACAAUUCAUGGAAAGCUAGCUGCCCAGCACUUGUUCCAGAAGCCCCUGAACUGUGUUGCCUUUCACCCAGAGGGACAGGUGAUCAUCACAGGAAACUGGGCUGGGUAUCUGAGUGUUCUACAACCGGACAGCCUCAGAGUAAUCAUGGAGCUGGGAGGCUCAGGGUCCUCAGUCUGUUCUGUGACAUUUGCCCCUCAUGGGUCAGUCUUGGCUGCCAGCCAUCUGGAUGGGAUUGUUGAACUGUGGGCUUGGCAGAAAGGAGCACGAUUGGCUGCUUUCCCUGCCCACCAAGGAUAUGUUUCUUCUGCUCUCUUCCUGCAAUCUGGACACCAGCUGCUGACUUCUGGGGAGGAUGGCAAGGUACAAGUAUGGUCAGGAUCCCUGGGCCGGCCCAAAGGAGUUUUGGGUUCCUUUUCCCUUUCACCUGCCCUCUCUGUGGCAAUCAGUCCAGAUCAGACUUAUGUGGCUGUUGGUCAUCAUACAGAUGGCAUCAGAAUCUACAGUACCUCUUCAGGUACGGAGGAGAGUCAUUGCCCAAUGUCAGCCGUGGCAGUGUCUGCACUGGCUUGGUUGAGCGACAGGGUCCUGGUGAGUGGUGGAGAAGAUGGGGAUCUUCAGUGCUGGGUGCUUGGAGAUGUAGCACCCACUUGUCUCUGGCUUUUGCCCGCACACCAGAAGGCUGUAUUGGGUUUAGCUACCUCCCAGACACUCUUUGCCUCUGCCUCAGAGGACUUUACUGUGAGAUUAUGGUCACUGUCCUUCCUGACCCAGCCAGAGAUGAUAGAAGAGCUCCAUGGACAUAAAGGACCUGUCACCUGCUGCAGUUUUAGCCCUGAUGGGAGCAUCCUGGCCACUGGCAGCAGGGAUCAGAGUCUUCAGUGUUGGAAUGUGAGGACACCCGAGGCUCCUGUUUUGAUAAAUUUCCUUCCUGCUUGUCACCGUGACUGGGUCACGGGUUGUUCCUGGACUAAGGAUGCCAUGCUGCUCUCCUCCUCCAAUGAUGGUUCUGUGCGGCUAUGGGACCCUGUGUCUGGCCAGCAACUUGGCCAUUUUCUAGGUCAUCAGAGUGCAGUGAGCACUGUGGUUGCUGUGGAGAAUCAUGUGGUAUCUGUGGACCGGGAUGGGGUACUAAAAGUGUGGGACUUUCGCGGCGUGGAGCUGACAAGUAUUCCUGCCCACUCUGGACCCAUCAGCCAGUGCGUGGCCGUCAAGGAACCUCGUACAGCUGGACAGCCUGGGUCAGAUCUCUUGGUAGUAACUGCCGGACUAGAUGGAGCUACUCGGCUCUGGCAUCCACUAUUGGUGUUUCAGACACAUACCCUUCUGGGACACAGUGGUCCAGUCAUUUCAGCUGCAGCCUCAGAGACCUUGGGCCUUCUGCUAACGGCCUCCAAAGAUGGCUCAGUAAGGCUCUGGUGUGUGCCUGAGAAAGUGGACGACACAGGUGUCAGUGAGAGGCCCACGGCCAUUACUGCUGUGGCCUGGGCUCCAGAUGGUUCCCUGGCAGUGUCGGGCAGCCAGGCUGGGGAACUAACUCUGUGGCAGGAGGCCAAAGCUGUAGCCAAAGCUCAAGCCCUUGGCCGCAUCAGUGCCCUAUGCUGGUCCUCUCCACACACUUUCUUUGCUCUGAUCAAUGACCAAAACCUCAGCAAGUGGCAAAUAGAAAAGGAGGACCUCACGCCCCAAAUUUUCAGCCUGAACUGUAACCUUCCCCUGGACCUGCCAGGCAGGAGCACCCUGUUAUCCAUGGACUUGGCCCCAGAUAGCUGCUCUUUCAUCUUAGCAAAGCCACUUCUGGGGAUGCUGCUUCUGAAUCCAGAUUCUCCUAAUUUAGAGUUCUGGCAUGAAUUCCCUUUCAAUACACACACUCUGCUUUCUACCCACAAGGAAUAUGGUGUGUUUGUCUUGGAUACUCUGGAUGACGUUUCACUCUCUGUCUAUCAGCAGAAAGAGUCAAAUAUAUUGGAGCACAGAGAGAAUUUUAAUCUCCUGCUGGAAAAUCCCAGAGGAACCCCACUGUGGAUAACUCAAGCUAAGCCUGACUCUGGCUCUGCUUUUCUGUGUGCCAGCUCAGAAGGCAUCCUUUGGAACAUGGCAGUACGUACCCCUGAGGGAGAUUGGGACACCAACAACAUAUGGCAGUACACAGAAAAGGAAUUUGAGUUCCGGAAGUUGGAGACCCAGUACUCCAAAAAGAUCCAUUCAGGUUCCGUCACAGCACUCCAUGUGCUCCCUGAACUGCUGCUGACAGCCUCUGAGGACCGAGAUGUGAAGCUCUGGGAGAAAUCCAAUCUACAGCUGCGGGGUCUCUUCCGUUGUGAGGGAGCAGUAACCUGUAUGGAGCCAAGACCUGGACCUAUGUCCACACUGCAGCUGGCUGUGGGAGAUGCCCAGGGCCACAUGUACUUUUUGUCAUGGGAGUAAGAAGGUUGGACAGAGACAAUCGUUUGCCUGAAGACAAAGCCUGAAGAUGCCAUAAUGCCAACUUUUCAAUAUAUUUAUUAUAUAAAAAUAUCAGCAAAAUCACACAUUUCAUAUUAUCUGAUCUGUCAUGGGUGAGCUAAUGUGGAAGGGACAGAAAAUAAAGAAUCUCUUCCCUCACCA